CAAGGCAUCCCCUGGCUCCUCCGCAAACCCCUCCUCUACACCUCUCUGACGCUCGCCAUCACGAACACCACCACACCAGAAGGAACCGUCAACUACACAGCCCGCCAAACGAGCAUAAAAGCCGCCCCAGGCCCACCGGAUACCCGCCGUUUCAACUGGGAGGUCUACGAGCAGGAGAAUCUCUUGUUCGGAACGAUCGUAUGUCGGACUCGGUACAUUGAGGGGGAAUCAGUAGGCCAGACCGAGGGUGAAAUGAUGGUAAGGCCCGCAGUAGAAGUACAGAGCGUACUGAAGGAUGAACGUGAUAAGAUUCUCGUGAGGAGGUUUCUUCGUGGUGAGGUGGAGGAUGAUGGGCAGACGGUGGGGAGGGGGUUUCUUGUGGAGGGGCCGAGCGUGGGGUCAUGGUUGGAGGGCGAGGGAGGGGAAACCUGCCAGGGUGCCGGUGGUUGUGGGAUAUGGGUGCAUCUUUUUGAUAGGAAGAAGGAUGCCGCGGGGUGGAGUUCGGAGCAAGUUUGGGGAUUUGAGAUGAUAGAUGGGGAGAGGUUGCAUACUCGGCGGGUGGUUGCUACGGAUUCGCGUGGGGUUUACAGGCUGGCAAGGCUGGUUCAUAGGCUGGUGGAUGGGUGAUUAGGUAUGCUGCAUCCUUGGGGCGGUUGUGGCUUUGGGGGAGCGUCGCAGUGGGGAUGGUGCUGGUUGCUGUUU